AUGCAGCCACAGACACGCUAUGCAGCCACAGACACGCUCUACAGCCACAGACACGCUCUACAGCCACAGACACGCUCUACAGCCACAGACACGAUCUACAUCCACAGACACAAACUACAGCCACAGACACGCUCUACAGCCACAGACACGCUCUACAGCCACAGACACGCUCUACAGCCACAGACACGCUCUACAGACACGAUCACAUCCACAGACACGCUCUACAGCCACAGACACGCUAUGCAGCCACAGACACGCUCUACAGCCACAGACACGCUCUACAGCCACAGACACGAUCUACAUCCACAGACACGAACUACAGCCACAGACACGCUCUACAGCCACAGACACGCUAUGCAGCCACAGACACGCUCUACAGCCACAGACACGCUCUACAGCCACAGACACGCUCUACAGCCACAGACACGAUCUACAUCCACAGACACAAACUACAGCCACAGACACGCUCUACAGCCACAGACACGAUCUACAGCCACAGACACGCUCUACAGACACGAUCACAUCCACAGACACGCUCUACAGCCACAGACACGCUAUGCAGCCACAGACACGCUCUACAGCCACAGACACGCUCUACAGCCACAGACACGAUCUACAUCCACAGACACGAACUACAGCCACAGACACGCUCUACAGCCACAGACACGCUCUACAGCCACAGACACGCUCUACAGCCACGACACGCUCUACAGACACGAUCACAUCCACAGACACGCUCUACAGCCACAGACACGCUAUGCAGCCACAGACACGCUAUGCAGCCACAGACACGCUCUACAGCCACAGACACGAUCUACAUCCAUAGACACGAUCUACAGCCACAGACACGCUCUACAGCCACAGACACGCUAUGCAGCCACAGACACGCUAUGCAGCCACAGACACGCUCUACAGCCACAGACACGCUAUGCAGCCACAGACACGCUAUGCAGCCACAGACACGCUCUACAGCCACAGACACGAUCACAUCCACAGACACGCUCUACAGCCACAGACACGCUCUACAGCCACAGACACGCUCUACAGCCACAGACACGCUCUACAGCCACAGACACGCUCUACAGCCACAGACACGCUCUACAGCCACAGACACGCUAUGCAGCCACAGACACGCUAUGCAGCCACAGACACGCUCUACAGCCACAGACGAUCUACAUCCAUAGACACGAUCUACAGCCACAGACACGCUCUACAGCCACAGACACGAUCACAUCCACAGACACGCUCUACAGCCACAGACACGCUCUACAGCCACAGACACGCUAUGCAGCCACAGACACGCUAUGCAGCCACAGACACGCUCUACAGCCACAGACACGAUCUACAUCCAUAGACACGAUCUACAGCCACAGACACGCUCUACAGCCACAGACACGCUAUGCAGCCACAGACACGCUAUGCAGCCACAGACACGCUCUACAGCCACAGACACGCUAUGCAGCCACAGACACGCUAUGCAGCCACAGACACGCUCUACAGCCACAGACACGAUCACAUCCACAGACACGCUCUACAGCCACAGACACGCUCUACAGCCACAGACACGCUCUACAGCCACAGACACGCUCUACAGCCACAGACACGCUCUACAGCCACAGACACGCUCUACAGCCACAGACACGCUAUGCAGCCACAGACACGAUCACAUCCACAGACACGCUCUACAGCCACAGACACGAUCUACAGCCACAGACACGAUCUACAGCCACAGACACGAUCUACAGCCACAGACACGCUCUACAGCCACAGACACGCUCUACAGCCACAGACACGCUCUACAGCCACAGACACGCUCUACAGCCACAGACACGAUCUACAUCCACAGACACGAUCUACAGCCACAGACACGCUCUACAGCCACAGACACGCUCUACAGCCACAGACACGCUCUACAGCCACAGACACGCUCUACAGCCACAGACACGCUCUACAGCCACAGACACGCUCUACAGCCACAGACACGCUCUACAGCCACAGACACGCUAUGCAGCCACAGACACGAUCACAUCCACAGACACGCUCUACAGCCACAGACACGAUCUACAGCCACAGACACGAUCUACAGCCACAGACACGCUCUACAGCCACAGACACGAUCUACAGCCACAGACACGAUCUACAGCCACAGACACGAUCUACAGCCACAGACACGAUCUACAGCCACAGACACGAUCUACAGCCACAGACAUGCUCUACAUCCACAGACACGAUCUACAGCCACAGACACGAUCUACAGCCACAGACACGCUCUACAGCCACAGACACGAUCUACAGCCACAGACACGCUCUACAGCCACAGACACGCUCUACAGCCACAGACACGAUCUACAUCCACAGACACGAUCUACAGCCACAGACACGCUCUACAGCCACAGACACGAUCUACAUCCACAGACACGAUCACAUCCACAGACACGCUCUACAGCCACAGACACGAUCUACAGCCACAGACACGAUCUACAGCCACAGACACGAUCUACAUCCACAGACACGCUCUACAGCCACAGACACGCUCUACAGCCACAGACACGCUCUACAGCCACAGACACGAUCUACAGCCACAGACACGCUCUACAGCCACAGACACGAUCUACAGCCACAGACACGAUCUACAGCCACAGACACGAUCUACAGCCACAGACACGAUCUACAGCCACAGACACGAUCUACAGCCACAGACAUGCUCUACAUCCACAGACACGAUCUACAGCCACAGACACGAUCUACAGCCACAGACACGCUCUACAGCCACAGACACGAUCUACAGCCACAGACACGCUCUACAGCCACAGACACGCUCUACAGCCACAGACACGAUCUACAUCCACAGACACGAUCUACAGCCACAGACACGCUCUACAGCCACAGACACGAUCUACAUCCACAGACACGAUCACAUCCACAGACACGCUCUACAGCCACAGACACGAUCUACAGCCACAGACACGAUCUACAGCCACAGACACGAUCUACAUCCACAGACACGCUCUACAGCCACAGACACGCUCUACAGCCACAGACACGCUCUACAGCCACAGACACGCUCUACAUCUUGUGAAAGUAGCAUUUAAAAAACAACAGGUCUUCUUCAUGGCGGGGCUGCAGGCGGCCUGUCCCGGGGGAGAGGUGCUGUACUCCACCUGCUCUCUGUCCCAGCAGCAGAACCAGGCCGUGGUGGAGCAGGCUGCACUGACCGCCCUGGAGGAGCACGGGAUCCACACCCAGGUGGUGGAUCUGAAGCCUCUCACGUGCAGAUUCUCGAACACGUUCCACUUCGCCCGUGUGUCUGUGGGGGAACUGGUGCUGCCUCAUUUGGCUUCCAACUUUGGACCCAUUUACAUGUGCAAGCUCCGGAGGCUCUCAUAG